AUGAAGACCUCUUUUUCAAUUGCACUUCUAGCAUCCUUGUUGCUUGCCAACACUGCUGUCCAUGGCCAAACCACUUGUAACAGCACUGCCGAUUGUGAGGCUGGUGCGGAAUACUGCUCCGAUGGAGCUUGCGCUCCGAUCGGAUUUUGCCAAACGGAAGUGGACUGCUACAAUGAACAAAACGACUUUUCGUCAGACGAUUGCUCUGGCUACUUGGAAUGUAAUGCCAAUCAAUGCUCCAAGACUUGCAACGGAGCCGCGUGCAAGCCUGGAUCCUCUUUGUUGGAUCUCUUUUGCCCAUCCGUGAUGUGCGACAUCCAGAACUGCGAAGGUGCCGUGUCUUGCGUCAACAACAACUGUGGUGAAUGUAACAUCUUUUACUUUGAUGCCAAGGGAAGCCGAAUCUGCGACAAUGAUGACAGUUUGAGUUCUGGUCCAGGUGUUGCAGAGCCUGUACCAUGCUCUUCGAAUAGCGACUGCCAUGUCAAUAUUGACGAUGAGGACAAGAUCGAUUCUAUCACGAAUAUCAUGCAACUUGAUACUCGUGCUCCUGCUGCUCAACCAUAUUGUGCGGCUGGUUUCUGUGCAGCACCUGGAACCUGUUCCACCGAUGAAGAUUGUGUCAACCCCUCCAAUGACUAUGGCAUUAUCGAAUGCGUAGGCCCCAUUGUAUGCCAAGAAGGUCAAUGCACCCGUGACUGUGACACUGGUUCCAUGUGCAAGGAGGGUGCCACUCCGGUAAAUUGCCUUGUGGAUCCGUGCACGGUGACUGGUUGCCCCGAGUCGACCGGAUGUGUUUCCGAUUAUUGUGGUGGUGGCUGUGACGCCAUUCACUUUGAUGUUGCCGGAAAUGUCUUGGAAGAAUGCGUGAAAGAGCCAUUCACACUUCCUGAAUCUUGUACCCAAGACAAGGACUGUAACGAUGAUACUAGUGGUGCUGUGCCAACCCACUACUGUUCCGCUGGAAGUUGCGAGGCCAUGGGAUUUUGCACGGACACUACUGAUUGUCUCAAUCCAUCCAACGAAGUGAACUUUGUCGCCUGCACCGGCUAUCACCAGUGCACGAAUGGAGAAUGUGGUCAUGUCUGCUCCAAUGAAGAGCACUGCUGCUUUGUUGCCGCAAAAUGCACUGCCGAGGAAUUGGAAGCUUGUCCCGAUGCCGUCACAUGUGUCAAGGACAAUUGCAACGAUUCCGGUGAUCACUGUGGGGCUGGAACUGGUAGCUUUUAUUUUGACAUUUCUGGUAACUCUAUUUGUGCCUCCUCGCCCUCUGCCGUUCCCACUGAAAAUAAGGCAACAGCUACUGGGCCAGGAGACGAGGAGGAAUUAGCGGACGGAGCCAUGGCAGUUGGCAGCACUUUUUCCCUCUUGGUAAUUGUGGCCAGCAUUUAUAUGCUAUAA